AGCACAGGUAAAAUAACGAUAAACUUAGAAUCCUCGAGGAGGAAUUCGCGACCUGGCGAGAAGUUCCUGAGGUCAGACCGGACGGGCGCCGAACUUGCAAUAAUAUGUAUACAAGGAGGUUCCGCCGCGAAACAGCAACGAUGCAAGCCAAUCUACGCGUAACGUGUCCCUCACGACCCUGUCCAACAUGGUACAUCUGCCGUCAAACCUCCUUCGAGUGAUUCUUGUUGCCGCAGCCGCAACCGCAACACCCGUCCACCAGGCACCGUCCACCGGGUCUUCCGCCGAGAAUCAUGCGCUCUCGGUCUUUCCACGCGCAGGCAGCACGGCCAUCGGUCAACCCGAAGGUGGUUGGGCACAGUCGUGCACGACUCUGAAGAAGAAGACGGCCGGAAAGGCGUGGAACCUUUACUAUGCCGGCCACGGCCAACUGCGUUUCGACAGCAUGGUACUGGCCCAGGUUCCCCUCCGGGCGUCCCUGGGGACGGAUCCUUCCGACGUUUGUGCCGUCGCGAACGACAUCGAACGGUCUUGCACGGCGUUUGCCACGUCCUAUGGCCUCCAACAGGCCACGAUCAUCUGGAAGGAGCCCGGUGACCCCUUCGACCGGGGCGACACUCCCUGGUUCUGCCGCCUCUCUCUCGACAACAACUCAGAUCCGUCCUUGUUCGGCGCCGACCCCGAUGGAUUCUCAGAUCAUGUCUGGGCCUGGACCCAGAGUUGAAAAAGUCGGGCCGGUUUUCAUUCAUGAGGGAACGGGGAGGAUGAGGACUCCGAGACGAGCAAAACCAUGUGCAUGUAAAAGGAUAUCUCUCAUGUCAAUUUAUUUGCUUCAGAUCAAAUUGCCACAAUACUCUCCGAGACGUAAUAAUAUCAACACCUCAACACCUUCGCUUGAUCUAUUCGUGGUAUCUAGAUACGGACUCCGUAUAAUAUAAUAUAAC